AAUCCUUCUGGUCCUCAGUUUCCUCAUCUCUAAAAUGGGCUACCCUACUUCUCUCCUGACAGGUUUGCUCCCAUUUCACAGCAGGCUAGUGGGAAGUGAAAUCAGUGCUUAACCACAGCUGCAAGUCAUCUGUUAGGCUCGGGUCGCUGCGCCGGGCAUGCUCAGUAGCCAGGCCGGCUCCGCGCGGAGUAGGAAGCGGCUUUCCGCGCCGGGGCGGUAGACUGUAGGCACUUUGAUGAAUCACGUGCGUUGAGGCCCUCUUAAAGAGAUAGUCACCUACUUUCCCUCUGCCCUAAACACCGCCCCAGGGCGGCGGCGACCGUGGUAAUUGCAGCCGGUUAGGGCAGGGCUUGCCCCAGCGCGGAGUAGUGGCAACACCGUGGUCGCGUCGGGGGUGCCGGGGAGCCGGGGGGCCCGGGGGCCUGAAAGCGGCUGCUUCCCGGCAGACACACUCUCCCUAAGGAAGACGUGCUGCCGAAUCGGCGCGGCGGCGUGAGCACCCGGGGCUAACUCAGUUGAGGAGAGGUGGGGUUACGGGGCACAGGUGACAGGGCCGGAGAAAGAUGGAGCAGCCCGGGGCGGCGGCGGCGGGAGCGGGAGGCGGCGGCGAGGAGCCCGGUGGGGCCCGGAGCAACAAGCGGAGCACGGGAAACCGGGCCUCCAACGAAGAGGAAACGAAAAACAAACCCAAACUGAACAUUCAAAUAAAAACUUUGGCAGAUGAUGUGCGUGAUCGAAUUACAAGUUUUAGAAAAUCUACAGUCAAAAAAGAAAAACCUCUUAUUCAACAUCCUAUUGAUUCUCAAGUCGCGAUGAGUGAGUUUCCAGCGGCUCAGCCAUUGUAUGACGAAAGAUCUUUGAAUUUGUCAGAAAAGGAAGUACUGGAUCUCUUUGAAAAAAUGAUGGAGGACAUGAACCUUAAUGAAGAAAAGAAAGCUCCUUUACGAAACAAAGAUUUUACCACAAAGCGUGAGAUGGUUGUCCAGUAUAUUUCUGCUACUACCAAAUCUAUAGUUGGAAGUAAAGUUACGGGUGGGCUGAAAAACAGCAAACAUGAAUGCACCCUGUCUUCACAAGAAUAUGUUCAUGAAUUACGAUCUGGUAUUUCAGAUGAGAAACUUCUUAACUGCCUAGAAUCCCUGAGGGUUUCUUUAACUAGUAAUCCUGUCAGCUGGGUUAACAACUUUGGCCAUGAAGGUCUUGGACUGUUACUGGAUGUGCUGGAAAAGCUCCUGGACAAAAAACAGCAAGAAAAUAUCGACAAGAAGAAUCAAUAUAAACUAAUUCAGUGCCUCAAAGCAUUUAUGAAUAAUAAGUUUGGAUUGCAAAGGAUUCUAGGAGAUGAAAGAAGUCUUUUACUACUGGCAAGAGCAAUUGAUCCCAAACAACCCAACAUGAUGACUGAGAUAGUAAAAAUACUUUCUGCUAUUUGCAUUGUUGGAGAAGAGAACAUUCUGGAUAAACUUUUAGGAGCUAUAACUACUGCAGCAGAAAGAAAUAACAGGGAACGAUUUUCACCAAUUGUGGAAGGAUUAGAAAAUCACGAAGCCUUGCAAUUACAGGUGGCCUGCAUGCAGUUUAUAAAUGCCCUUGUCACUUCUCCAUAUGAACUUGAUUUUCGAAUACAUUUAAGGAAUGAAUUUCUUCGUUCAGGACUAAAAGCAAUGUUACCAGAUCUAAAAGAAAAAGAGAAUGAGGAGCUUGAUAUUCAGUUGAAAGUAUUUGAUGAGAACAAAGAGGACGACCUAAAUGAAUUGUCUCACCGUCUGAAUGACAUUCGAGCAGAAAUGGAUGAUAUGAAUGAAGUAUACCAUCUUCUGUAUAAUAUGUUGAAAGACACUGCUGCUGAAUCUUAUUUAUUAUCCAUUCUACAACAUUUUUUGCUUAUCAGAAAUGACUACUAUAUCAGACCACAGUAUUAUAAGAUAAUUGAAGAGUGUGUUUCACAGAUAGUGCUGCACUGCAGUGGUAUGGACCCAGACUUCAAGUAUAGGCAAAGAUUAGACAUUGAUUUCACUCAUCUCAUAGAUUCUUGUGUGAACAAGGCAAAAGUUGAAGAAAGUGAACAAAAAGCAGUGGAAUUUUCAAAGAAGUUCGAUGAAGAAUUCACUGCUCGACAGGAAGCUCAAGCUGAGCUUCAAAAAAGAGAAGAAAAAAUCAAAGAACUGGAAACAGAAAUCCAGCAACUUCGGACCCAGGGACAUGGACCCUCAGGUUCAGUAGGCCCUCCAGGCCCUCCUCCACCACCACCAAUGCCAGGUGUUGGCCAAGCUCCACCACCACCUCCACCACCACCUCUACCUGGAGUUCCUCCUCCUCCACCACUUCCAUUACAUGGAGUGGGACCAGUACCACCACCACCACCACCACCACCUUUGUCUGGGGGGCCUCCUCUGCCACCACCGCUUGGAGGAGUUCCUCUUCCCCCAGGAGCACCACUUGAUCUUCCCUAUGGAAUGAAGCAGAAAAAAAUAUAUAAACCUGAAGUAUCCAUGAAGAGAAUCAAUUGGUCAAAGAUUGAGCCCAAAGAAUUAUCUGAGACCUGUUUCUGGUUAAAAGUGAAAGAAGACAAGUUUGAGAAUCCAGAUCUCUUUGCAAAAUUGACCCUGAAUUUUGCUACGCAGAUAAAAGUUCAAAAAAAUGCAGACACUUCAGAAGAAAAAAAGACUGUACCUGCAAAGAAGAAAGUAAAAGAAUUGAGAGUUUUGGAUCCCAAAACAGCUCAGAAUCUCUCUAUCUUCUUGGGAUCAUACCGCAUGCCAUAUGAAGACAUAAAAAACAUCAUUUUGGAGGUUAAUGAAGACAUGCUAAGUGAGGCCUUAAUUCAGAACCUUAUAAAACAUCUUCCUGAGCAGAAGGUACUCAAUGAAUUGGCACAGUUUAAGAAUGAAUAUGAUGACCUUUGCGAACCUGAGCAGUUUGGAGUAGUGAUGAGCUCAGUGAAAAUGUUACGGCCUCGUCUCAAUAGCAUUCUUUUCAAGCUCACAUUUGAAGAACACGUAAACAACAUCAAACCAAGCAUCAUAGCAGUAACUCUGGCUUGUGAAGAACUGAAGAAAAGUGAAAGCUUUAACAGACUUUUAGAGUUAGUUCUUUUGGUUGGAAACUACAUGAACUCAGGCUCAAGAAACGCCCAAUCUUUGGGUUUUAAGAUCAACUUCCUUUGUAAGAUCAAAGAUACUAAAUCAGCAGAUCAAAAGACAACGCUUUUGCAUUUUAUUGCUGAAAUUUGUGAGGAAAAAUACCGCGAUAUCCUGAAAUUUCCUGAAGAACUAGAACAUGUAGAAAGUGCAAGCAAAGUUUCAGCUCAAAUCCUCAAGAGCAACCUUGCGACCAUGGAACAACAAAUUAUUCGUCUGGAACACGACAUCAAGAAAUUCCUCCAAGCAGAAAAUCAACAUGAUAAGUUUGUGGAAAAGAUGACAAGCUUUACGAAGAGUGCCAGAGACCAAUAUGAAAAACUGUCCACCAUGCACAACAACAUGAUCAAGCUGUAUGACAGUCUUGGAGAAUACUUCAUUUUUGACUCUAAGACAGUAAGCAUAGAAGAAUUUUUUGGUGAUCUCAGCAACUUCCGAACUCUGUUUCUGGAAGCAGUGAAAGAAAAUAAUAAGAGACGAGAAAUGGAAGAGAAGACUAGGAGGGCAAAGCUUGCAAAAGAGAAGGCUGAACAAGAAAAGCUGGAACGUCAGAAGAAAAAGAAGCAACUCAUUGAUAUAAACAAAGAAGGUGAUGAAACUGGGGUGAUGGAUAAUCUCCUAGAGGCUCUACAGUCCGGUGCAGCCUUCCGAGACCGAAGAAAGCGGAUUCCAAGGAACCCAGAUAACAGGCGAGUACCUUUGGAAAGGUCACGCUCACGCCACAAUGAAGCUAUCUCAUCUAAGUGAUUCCUAAUGCCAAAGAAUAUGAAAACAUUUAAACAAAAUCGUACAUUUUCAGAAGAACAAAACAGGCACUCAAGGGAUGGAAAUAAGUGUAUCUCUGCAAAGGUCAAGCUAAACUGGAUGAAGUAAUGUGCAUUUGUACAACUGUUGCAAGAUUCCUCCCACGAUUAUACUAAUCUGAACAUGGUUGUUGAGAUUAUAAAAUGUUUGUUCCACUUAAUUUAAAGAAGUGUAUUAUUUAUUGUUGUGUGUGACCUGAUUCUUAAAAUGCAAGUGUAAGAAGCUGAGUGAUUCCUAAGGCUUUCAAACAUAUUGUCUGUGAAAACUUAACAUCUUAAAUUUCUAGGUCACUCCCACCAAAAUAAAGAAGAUAAAAGAACAGACAGAAAGAAUUAUUCACGUCUGCUUCCAAAGUUUAUUAUAUAUAAAAAGAAAAAUCGAAGAGAAAUGUUCUUGUCAAUGAUUUGGGACUGUGCUAAUAUUCCUCACAUUGUAAGAGAAACCAUUUUGGAAAUUUUCAAAAGUACUGUUCCACCCCAGUCCGGGUAUAUAGAAUUUUAUCUCAAGUGAAAGCUGAUAGAUUCAUCUGCUUUGGCUGAUGUUACACUUAUCAUUAGUCUAGCAUUUCAGCGUGAUAUUGCAGACACUUCUCACUGCUAAAAAUAAACCAAAGUUUAACAGAAUCAGUUAGGGAAAAUGACUUAAACUUUAUUUAAAGAGAUAUUUUCUAAUUAUGCAUAGAUAUCUACUUUAUAUAAAUACUUUAUAUGGCUAUUUUUGAGAAAAUCCCCACAUUUUAAAGCUUAUGCUAGGAAUGAACCUCAACACUCUAUUCUCUUUACAUCUCUUUCAAAGGCAAAUACUGUUUCUUAUUCUGUGAUUUAUUUCUUCUCUCUAUUGCUUCUUUCUUCCUUGACCCUCUUGAAGGCAGGGAAUAGAGUUCCAGAAGACCUGAAAAAUAUUUUGUCUGUAGGAAGAAGCAGAAAACUGUUGAAAAGGUCAAUUAUUUUUUCCUGUCCCUUUCUGUUCCCUUCUCCAAUCCCAGUUUGGUGGUCCGAAGGAGAAAAUGAAAUCAUAUACAGAUCCCGGCAACUAAGUGAGCUUCUCAGUCAUCAUCACGCUUACUUAUCCAUUCACACAUUCAAAUGAUGCUAACCAAACAACUCUAGGAAGAAAAAUAAGCUCUAUAUUUUGUCUUAAAUAGAUGAGAGCAUAAAAGUUAUACUUAACUUGCCUAUUACUUUAAAAUAUGCAUUGAAAUAAUUGGUAUAACUUCUCUGGAGUGCAAUUUCAAGACUAAUUCAUGCAGAUGAUAGUGAUUACUAUAAAAUAUUUCUUAUAUGUAUAUUCCUUAGGUAGAAAAUCCUAUUUCCACUCCUCCAAAGCAUGUUAUAAGCAUUCAGAGCAAAGACACGCAGGACUGGCUUGGUAAGUCAUUAUGGGAUAAUGUGAACAAGUGACCAAUAGCUCACAGAUUCCUUUAGGUACAUGUGCACUAAUUUAAACUGCUGCCUUUAUUCCAGUGAAUUCUUACUUGAGUAUUAUAUUUCAAACUUUUCUGAGGAUGCUACAAUAGAGAAAAUAAAAAGUGACAACAUUUGAGAUUUCCUAUUUUUCCUAUCUUAAAACAUGUACACGCACACACAAACAUAUUUAAGAACAUAUCCAUUUCACAUACUAUUUUUUAGCAAGAAUAACAAAAAUGUAGGUCCUACUAAUUUGUGUAAAUAACUAAUGUGUAUGUUUUGACGUUAUAGUCUUUUCUAAAAUCUUCAUGAUAUGUCUUCUUUUUGAUACCUUUUCAGGCUGUAGGAAAAUGGUUUUAAAAUGUAAAUCCUCGGGGACUGGGGAUUUAGCUUAGCAGCACAGCGCCUGCCUGGCAAGUGCGAGGUUGUGAGUUCCAUUCCCGGUACCGGAAAGAAAUCAAAAAAAAAGAAAAAGAAAGCAAAUCCUCACUGAAAUUUGGGGCAUUUUCCAUGCCAUAUUAUUAAGCUGGUCAAGGUAGAAAAGCUGAUGUGAAUCACCUUUUCCAGAUGUGAACUUGCGUUGUUUUCUAGUUUGUGAACAAGAAUGAAUGAACUAUUAUUAAUAAGUUGCAUAUUUGUGUUUAAAACAAUCUCACUAUUUUCACACAUAUUGAAAAGCCUUACAGAAUCCAAUAAUUAAGUUAAAGGAUUUGCUUAUCGGAUUUGUAAUGGUGCUGUUCUAGCUACUUGGCAGUUUUGUUUUGGAUUGAAACACAUGACCAAGAGGAGUACAUAGUGACAUUUUUAGUAUAGAACCAAAUUAUGUUAAACUCUUUUAUUACUGCUGUAUAUGAGCAGUACCAUUUUUCAGAUUUUCUUUGAAAUGUAAAAAAAAAUACAAAGCUUUUAAAACAUUAACUAGUUAUACUGAUUUCAUUUGGCUGCUCUAAUGACCUCAAGUUUGGUGGUUCACCGCAACUGAAAGUCUCUCACAGUUUUGGAGGCCAGAAGCAUGAAAUGUAGGUGGCAGCAGGCAGGGCCAUACUCCCUGCAGAAUCUCUGGUGAAAAAUCAUUUCCUGCCUCUUCUAGCUUCUGGUGGCUAUUGUCAUUCCUUGGCUUCUGGCCACAUUUCUGUCUGCUCAUCUUCACAUCACCUGCUCUGAGUACCUAAUCUGAAUACUUAUGCUGAGAUCGAGGGACCACCCAAUUAAUCUCAUCUCAAGAGCUUUAAUUUCAUUAGUUCUGUAAGACUCUUACACAUGCAGUAAUAGUUCCAGGUUCCAGGGAUUAUGAUGUUGACAUACCUCUGGCCCUACCCCCAAUUUUGGUCUCUCCCAUGUGUGAAAUACAUUCACCCCAUCUCAAUAUUCCCAAAUUUCAACAUACUACAAUGUCAGUUCUUUUUUGUUUUGUUUUGUUUUGUUUUGAGAUAGGUUCUUGCUAUGUAGUCCAGGCUGGCCUCAAACUCGCAAUGAUCCUCCUGCCUCAGCCUCUCGAGUACUGGAAUUAGAGGCAUGGCUACCACGUCUGCCACAUAAACACUUAAAUCUAAAAUUUUGUCCAAAAAUCACUUUGAAACUCUCAGAUCCCAACAUCUAAAUAAAGUAUGUGUAAAACUCUGGCUAUGAACCAUCCUAGGGCAAUACCCUUUCCCUAUGUGAACAAGUAUAAUAAAACAAAUUGUUUUCUUGCAAACACUAGUGAAAUGGGCACGGGAUAAUAAUUAUAGACAUUCCUGUUCCAAAAGUGAGAGAGUGGAAAGCAGAAAGAUCACUUGUCCCACUCAUUUUCAAGAAACAGCCAAACAAAUGCUUCUUAGGUUUCAAGGCCUGGCAAUAGCCUGCUGUGUCUCAGGGCUCCAUUUUCUGGAUCUGAAUGGUUCUUUUUUCUUGGAUCGCGGAUUGGCCCUCUGGCUCUGUACCCAUGCCUCAUACUUCCACCUCUGCUCCCAUGCUUAGGUCUCUGUCUUUGUACCUACACCUCUGGCCUUGGAGUGAUCCUUCCUUUAUUAAUUGCAGCUGAGUGGUUGCAUUAGUCUCUUUUCUGCCUGUAGAAUUGUGGUACUCUGACCUUCUUUCAUUUUGUCUGGUUUCUAUCCUUUUCAGGACACACUGGAAGUGUUUCUGCUCGUGUAACAUUCUCAGAAACCUCGCGAGGCUCCCACAUAUGUCAUGUUGAUUUCACACAUUCAGGAAAGAAGACCCUUACACAUCUGUCCUGGAUAAGCUCAUCUCUGUUCCUGGUUUCUGCUGAGAUGGUGAUGUGAAUCCAUAAGUCAAUGCCUACUCUCUUCAGCACUAGCCAAACAUUGUCCAGUCACAGGGUAGGCCUUAUCUCCAGGGCACUUUCCUAACAGUGAAUAUCCUUACCUUACUAUCUGUUACAAUCUGGAUAGACUCAGAAUUUCCCAAAUCAUCAAGAGCUCAUUCUUUUUUUACUUCUUAAUUCAUUCUUCAGUUUAUCUCUUUCCUCUCUAUUUUACUAUAGACAGCAAGAAGUAACUAGGCCAUUCCUCCAACACUUUGCUUGCAAAUCUCCUCAGUUAAAUAUUCAAGUUCCUCAUUUAUAAGUUCUGCUUUACACACAACUGUAGGGGUCAAUUCAGAUAAGCUGUCUGCCACUGAAUAACAAAGACUGCCUUUCUUGCAGUUUCCAAUAAAAUGUUCUGUAUUUCCUUCCAAGCCCUCAUCAGAAAUGUCUUUACAUUCAUAUUUCUAUCAAAAGUCUUGUUGAGGAAAUGUAUACUUUUUCUGUUGAGUGCAUCAAAAUUCUUCCAGCCUCCAUCCAUUAUCCAAGUCCAUUGCUACUUUCUCAUUUUAGGUAUUCGUUACAGCAAUAUCCCAUUUCCCAGUACCAAAAUCUAUAUUAGGUUCCUGUCAUUACUCUAACAAAUUACUCGACACAGGGUGGUUUAAAAAAACAGAUAUUCAUUCUCUUACUGUUUUGGAUUCCCGAAGUCCAAAAUUGAGAUUUUGGCAUGGCUAUGUUUCUGAAUGCUCUAGGAGAAAAAUCCAUACAUUCCAUCUUCUUUUUCUGUGGCUAUCAUUGUUCCUUGAUUUGUGACAGUACCUCUUUGCUCCGUCUUCAUGUCAUAUUCUCUUCUGUGUAUCUAAUUGACCUCCACCUCUGUCAUACAAGGACACUCAUGAUGCCAUUUAGGGCUUACCCAGAUGGCCUGCCCAGAUCAUCUGUGAAAAUCUCAUCUGAUGAUCCUUAAUUUAAUUACAUCUUCAAAGACCCCUUUAUCCAAAUAAAAUAAUUUCACAAAUUCUGUGGAUUAGGACAUGAGCAUAUCCUUUUUGGGUGGGUCUCCAGCCACUACACUAGUUAUAUCAUGUAAAUGUACUUAACACUUUUUAAAAUGCAUCCUUGGUGCUCAAGCCAAACUUAAGAUUGUCUCUAAGGUUGUUAUCUACACAGGUUACUGCAUGCUUUGUUUUAAGUGGAUUAAAAACUAUUCUAAAUUUUGGUUGAUACUUUUGCCACUAUGGUGAGUUAGCUGAAAAAACAUCAGUGAUAUCAACUCUGUGCUCUGGUGUAUCUUUUCUGCCCUUUCUAUGGUGUAUCUGACCAAAUGUCUUCUGUGAUUUAUAAUGCAGGCACAAAACUACCUCUGAUACAGAAAGUUCUUUACAAGCUUAUUUAGAUAUUGUGAAUCCCUCAGAUGAAGGGAGAAGUGCAAGCAAAGACUUCAUUGAAUGGGUAUUGAGGGAGAUUGUGUCCAUACAAAGCCACCUUGCAGAAGUAUUUCAGAAGCAGUAAAAAUUUAGAUUUAUGUUCUCCUUUUGCCUGGGAAUAAACACCUGUCUCUAAGCAGGACCAAGAAUGACUUGCAACCUGUAUGUAAUGCCUACUUACUUAUUCAAUAAAGUUAAGAUAUACAUUAA